UAAAAAACACCAACAUCGGAAUUCCCUCUGCAAUGGAGCUCUACAAGACAUGUUCUCGGCUUGUCCCGCUUCUGGUCGUUGCUUGGACAGCAUUGUUGUUGGCGCCCGUUUGUGCGCAGAGUAUCAACACGCCGUGCAAUCCGUCGGUGCUCGGCAUCGGCUUCACUCCAUGUAUGAACUUGCUUACCAAUAGCAGCGGUAAUGGUUCUUCGCCGUCGGCGGAAUGUUGUGAUUCUCUUAAGAAUUUGACUUCCGGUGGCAUGGACUGUUUGUGCCUCCUUCUCACCGGAAGUGUUCCGUUCAGUUUGCCGAUCAAUAGAACUGUGGAUAUUUCUCUUCCUCGAGCUUGUAACAUGCCCGGUGUUCCCGUUCAGUGCAGAACCCCUGCCGGUGUACCUGUUCCUGCCCCAGGUCCGAGCUCAUUUGCACCCACCCUUUCUCCAGGAGCUUCACCAACUUCAGCCCCAACAGGUUCCAUUGUCCCGGAACCAACCGGAUCCGCCGAAUCACCAGAAUCCGACACCGUGCCGACUUUAACUCCGCCAUCCUCGACGGCCGGUUCCUUAGCCCCGACCGCCACGACAGGGGGCCGCCCUGCACUCGACCCCCAAUCAUCAGCUGCCGGUCGUUCUUGCAGUUUUUCAACAUCAUCACUUGUGCUGUUGACAUCGGGAUUUGUUGUUUUGAAGUACUACCACUAGAAGCCACUAUCUGAUAUCUCAAUUCAUGUGUUUUUAUUCUUUUAGUGGUGUGAAACUAUUGUUUUUAGAGCAUAUUUUGGGUGAUUGUUUCGAAAUAAACUGAAA